UUCCCGACAUCAAAUUUAAGAUUUAUCAGAUAUUUUUAGUUAUAAAUUAUUAAAAAGGCCAAUUAUGGAAGACAAGGAAGACACGCCUGAAGAGAUUUCCUGCCUCUCGGUCAAGGAAAUAAAGAAUUUAGCUAGACCUGAGUUUAGAGCUAACCCUGAGAAGUUUUACCCAACUGAAACUCUGAGCAAAUUAGGAUUCUCCAGAAACGAGUGUCCGAAGUGUAACAACUUCUACUGGAGAGCCUCUGAAGAAAGAGAUACUUGUGGAGACUCAAACUGUGUUGGAAAGUACACUUUCAUCAACAAUGGAUUCUUGGAAGAAGGAAAGGAGAUGACUUAUGCAGACGCCUGGAAGGGCUUUGAAAGAAGCUUAACCAAUGCCAAAGUACCUUGCAAAUCAAUUCCCAGAUAUCCUAUUGUCGCUCGUUGGAGAAAUGACGUUGAUUUCACAGCUGCUGGAAUCUACUGCUUCCAGCCAUAUUGCGUUACAGGAGAGUUAGACCCACCAGCUAACCCUCUGAUCCAGCCUCAAUUCUGUGCUCGGUUUAAUGAUUUGGAUAACAUUGGUUUAACUGGAAGACAUUACUCCGGAUUCACGAUGCUUGGUAUCCAAGUGUUUAACUAUCCCAAUGAUUACAAAUUCUUCAAGGAUGAAUGCAUUGAGUUUAACUACAAUUGGCUUACUGAAGAGCUAAAGAUUCCAAAAGAAGAAAUCACUUUUGUUGAAGACGUCUGGGCUGGGGGUGGCAACCUUGGACCAUCUAUUGAAUACUUCGUCAGAGGACUUGAGAUUGGAAAUAUGGUCUUCAUGCAGUACAAGACCUUCCCUGAUGGAAGUAGAGAAGAGCUCAAGAUCAAAGUCAUUGAUACUGGAAUUGGUCUUGAAAGAAUCCCAUGGCUCAUGAAUGGUAAUGCAACAUCAUACAUGAUUGUCUUCAAAAAUGCAUUUGAAUGGCUCUCAGAAAGACUCCAAGUCGCACCAGAUAUGGAUGUUUGGGAGAAAUUCGGUCCAUACUCCUCACAGCUUGAUGUUGAUGAAGCUGAAGAUAUUGACAAGACCUGGCAGCAGAUUGCAGAUGUUGUCGGAAAAGACUUAGAAGAAGUUAGAGAGUCGAUUGCCCCAGUCAAGGAUAUGUAUAUUGUUCUCGAUCAUACCAGAACAGUAAUGAUCACGAUCAUUGACGGUAGCUUGCCAUCUAAUGUCGGUGGAGGAGGUAACGUAAGAAACAUCCUCAGAAGAGUGUUCGCUGUUCUCCAGAAGAACGGCUGGUGGGAGAAAAUCGGUGAGAUGAAAGGCCUCCUCGAGCUUUUUGAGUACCACAAGAAAGAUCUGGAAGGUAUUUUUGGAGAAUUCAAAGAAUACAAGAGCUUUGAUGAAAUUAUUGAGGUUGAAUAUGAUAGAUGGAGCAAUACUGAUGAAGCUAUGCAAGCAAACUUGAAGAAACUUUUGAAGAAAAAGAAGAACCAAUUGACUCUUGAUGAUUGGGAUUUGUGCAUGAGUUCUUACGGAAUUCCAGCAGAUACAAUCUCUAAAAUUAGUGGCUUAGAAAUUCCCACCAAUUUAUAUUACUUCAUUGCUGAUAAGAAAGAGAGAUUGACAAAGGCUGCUCCAGUUAUCCUCUAUGAUACUUCUCACCUAGAAGAGACUAAGAACCUCUAUUACCAAAAUCACCACUUGUAUGAGUUUGAAGCAAACAUCAACGAUGUUUUCUUGAAUGUUCAGGAGCAAAACCGCCAAAACAUUGUCAUACUCAGCCAGAGUGCUUUCUACCCAACUUCAGGAGGACAACUUCACGAUACAGGAGAACUUUUCAUUGGAGAAGAUAAAUAUGAAGUCAAAAAUAUUGAGAAAGUUGGUAAAUCAGUACUCCACUUCAUCGAGCCAGAUCUCCCAGGAGAUAAGCAAGAUUACAUUGGAAAAGAUGUGAAAUGCGUAAUCGACCAUAAGAGACGUAACCAAUUAAGAUCUAAUCACACUGGUACUCAUAUUGUAUUUGCUUCAUGCAGGAAGAUCUUGGGUCCACAUGUAUGGCAAAAUGGUGCUAAGAAGACCCUUGAUAUGGCUCAUCUUGACAUCACACAUUAUAAGUCUUUAACCAAAGAGCAGGAGCUUGCUAUUGAAAAUGAAGCUAACAGAAUUAUUUGUGCUAGUGCCAAUAUUAACAAGUAUAUGAUGAGCAAGUCUGAUGCAGAGAAAGAGUUUGGUUUCAAUCUCUACCAAGGAGGUAUUGUGCCAGGAAACGAGUUGAGAAUCGUCAAUAUUGAAGGAGUUGAUACUGAAGCAUGCUGUGGAACCCAUUGUGAUAAUACCUCAGAAGUAGGAUGGAUCAAGAUGAUUAAUUCCAGAAGAAUUUCAGAUGGUAUCGUCAGACUUUAUUACAUUGCUAAUGAAAAAGCAAUGGAAGUUAUGAAUAGAGAAACUAUUCUCCUUCAAGACCUUUGCAAACUCUGGGGUAUUGACCAGCCACAGAUCUUCCCUACUGCUAAGAGAUUCUUCGAAGAUUACAAGAAGCUCAAUGCUCAAACCAACAAGCAAGAUGGACAAAUUCUUGGGCUUCAGAUGAAAGUAGUGUUGGAUGGAGCUGCUGAUAGACUAAUGAUUGAUUCUGACCAUAGUAACCCCAGAAUCUACUUCUCAAACAUUGGUCAGUAUGCCUCUGAAGUCAAAGAGAAGGGAAAAUCAGUCAUCUUCAUUGGUCCAACCUUUAUCUUCGGUCUCUUCAGUAGCAAAGACGUGAUUGACCUUAAGGAACUCGAAGAAUUGCUUAAAGAGACUAAUCCAGAUGGGUACGAAAUGAAGAAAACAGAAAAGAUCAGCUUCAAAGUCAAAGGACAAAAGAAGCCAACUCAGACAAAAGAUAUCCUUCAAAUCUCUAUACCAGGGAUCAAGUUUGACAAGGAAGUCUUACAGAAAUACUUCACUGAGAAGGAGUUCUCCAUUCUAUAAUGAAUUAUUUGUGGAUGAUUCUUAUUCUUCAA